AUGACGUCAGCUGAUCAUCAUAAUCAUCACCGUUCUCAACAGCAGAACGAUUCUGGUAGCGGUGAUAAUAAAAAAGAUGUAGAGAUCGAUUCCGAAUUGCUAGAACUUGAAACAGCAUUGAAUGAUAUUGAAAAAGCAAUGGACAAAAUUGAAUCACAAAAUGAAAAUAUUCAAACAAAACUACGUGAUUUAUUAGAAUCAAAUAGACAAAUGGCGAAAGAAUUUACAGACAUUCGUCAAACAAUGAACAAUAAAUUGAAAGAUGUUUCCUAUGAAUUAGAACAAGCACCCCAUAUUGCUCAUGAUUUAGCAUCAAGCACAAGUAGUACAUUGACGAAAAUUGAAAAUGAAAUGUUAGAUCAUUAA